UCCUAUGGAAUGAUUCCCACAUCGCUUCAGUUUCUGUUGAACACCAGAGCUGACAGUACUGUUGAGAAAACUUAAAGAAACAGAAGGGCUUAGAGAAUGUCGAGCAGUACAAACAGUUUGGUCACUAAAGCGGCCGUUCGAAAUGAGCGUCGCAAUAAACAGCGUAACAAGAAUUUUCAUCACCGCUAUUUGGCGCUUUGUCGGUCGAAAAAUUUCCAUCCCUUGCCGGAGAUUGUUAAACCGAAGCAGAAGGAUCAAGUUUUUCUCGACGUGUAUUGCGACCGAUUCAAGGGUUCCGAUUGGCAGCUGAUCGUGGAUGCUUUACGGGAGGAUAAUUCCGUAAACCAUCUGGCUUUGCGAUUGCGAAAGACGUACAUGGAAGGUACGGAUGGUUUGGUACCGCAGAGUUUGAUGGAAGGACACGGUACGGAGAAGAGCGUUUUUAUGGACAAACGUACGUUCAAGCAGCUGGUGGACACGCUGGCGAUUUUCCUCCGCACCAACAAAGUGGUGGAGUAUUUCGCAAUUGAAGGUUUUCCAAUGGCAGGUGUUCGUUUAUAUGCGCUCAUAACGGGCCUGGUGGACAACACUUCACUGACCGAGCUGAACCUGGCCCGUUGUUCCCUCGGAGAUGAAGGAUGCAGAGCGUUGUGCGCGGAGAUAAGGUUUGUUCCAAACUUGCUGGUGCUGAACCUGACCGCUUGCCAGUUGACGGUUAAGGGCUGUCAGGCGCUGGCGGAGCUGAUCAAGUUUCAGAAAAUGCAACGUUACACUACGAGCUGGGAGCAAUCGUUGCGUUACGGUGACAUUAAGGAGGAUAAGCUAAUGGGCUUGCGAUACCUGUACCUGAGCCAUAACCCUGCCAUCGGUGACUAUGGUUUGCUCGAGCUAACGGAUGUCUUAAAGGACGAUGCCUGGAUACGGCAGAUUCACGUCUGCAACUGUGGAUUGACCGAUGCCGGGGCACAGUUCUUGAUCGAAUGCUUGCAUUUGAACAAUGCUAUCGAAAAGUUCGACAUACGGGAGAACAAACAAAUUUCCAACGAGGCCUGCCAUGAGAUUCUCGUAAAGCUGGGCGUGAAGGUUGAGGAUGAUGAAUCCGAAUCGCCGACACACAAAAAGAUCCCAAAAACUUUGGCUGGCUUUAGAGAACAUUGCGAGUACUUAGGAAUGCAAUUAAAUACGGAGCGAAAUCGGAACAGUCAGCUGGUGUCUAAGUUGGAGCAAAUGCACCAACAAAACGGAGACUAUGCUGAAACUAUAAAUGAGUUGCAGCACGAAAUGAAUGUUCUGAUUAAAUCACGGAAUGAAUUAUUAGAAAAAUUGAGAAAAAUUGAAAAGAAAACAUCGAAACAAGCGAAAACAACCUACCAACCGCGUAAGUCGCAAAGUGACGCAUUUGCCUCAGUUAACCAAGGAUUGCCGUCAAGUGAAGCGGUCAUGGCAAUUGCAUCAAAGUCUGAAACAGUUGUACAUCCAGAAAACGAACUCCGCUAUCCUAGCGUGUCGUCCACUAAUCGAAUUAUUGAGCGAUCUAUUGGUGAUGGUGGUGGCGAUGGUGUAGAGAAGGAAGAUGAUCAUUUUUCCGAUAAAUUUUAAAGUUUUUUUUAUCGCGAUUUACAAACAAUUGUCAAAAUUUUAGUUGAUGUAUAUUUUAGAAAAAAUAUAUUUUCUACUUAACUAGCGCUA